AUGAUAGGAAGCACAUGUCCUAAUGUUGAUGGUUGGGAUGAUACAUUUGAAUGGUGUGAACCUUUUGGUGGGACUCCUAUGGAACAAGAUGAACCAAAUAGUGAAAAAGCAGGUGAAGACAGUCAAGCUAGUAAAGACAGUCAUGAUAGUGAUGACACUGAAGAUAGUGAAUACAGUCAAGAUAGCGAUUACAUAGUUGAUGAAGAUAAUUUGUUAGAUGAUCCAGAGGUUGAUAUGAAGAACUUUCACCUCAACAUUGACAAAGAGGUGGAGUGGGUUGGAAGUUUUCCUGAUGAUCGAGAUGAAGCAGUAGAAGGUGAUGAAGAAUUAGAGGUUAUAAACACUGAAGAAUUUGUAUCUGCAUCUUCAUCAGAUGAGGGUGAAGCUAGUAAAAAAAGGAAGAAGAUAAGAGAUUUACGAAGAGCACAUAAGAAUGAAGCAGCUGCUGUCAAAGAUCCAUUUUACAUCCACCAGACUUUUAGCACAGCCAAGGAAGUUAAACAACAAAUUUAUCUUCAUUCCAUACAGAGUAGAAGGGAGUUAGACUUCGUCAAGAAUGACAAAAAUAGGAUUAGAGUGGUUUGCAAAGGGACAAUACCAAACCUUGGGAUAUUAGAAACAGGUGGGACCAGCAAAAGUAAUGACAAAGUGGGACCAAGUCAAAAGAAAAAGAAAGUGAAAGAUGGUUCUAUUCAUAAAUGCCCAUGGGUCCUACUAGUGAGUAAGUGGAAAAAAGACAUUAACUGGACUGUUAAGACCUAUGAAAAGCAACAUACGUGCCUUCAAACAAGGAAAAUUAGGGCAUGUAACUACAAGUUUCUCUCUGAACAGAUUGUUGACACAGUGGAGGCAAACCCAGAAAUACCACUUAGAGCAUUACGUGAGAUGCUUGAGAAGAAAUACCAACUUGGAUUGUCAGACAUGAAAGUUCAUAGGGCGAAAACGAAAGCCCUGGAAUCAAUUAGGGGAGAUUUUGCUGCUCAGUACUCAUGUCUAAGAGACUACUUACAGGAGGUGCAGAGUAGAAAUCCAAACACCACAGUCAAACUUCAAGUGCAAAGUGAACCAUGUUAUGCAUCUGAGACCAGGGUAUUUGAACGAGUAUACAUUUGUCUUGGUCCACUGAAAAGUGGAUUUGCAGCAGGGAAAAGAGAUUUACUAGGGCUUGAUGGUGCAUUCAUGAAGGGUCCAUACCAUGGUAUGAUCCUGACAGCAGUGGGUUUAGAUGGGAACAAUUGCACAUACCCUUUGGCAUAUGCAGUUGUUGAAGCAGAGAACUUUAAUUCAUGGACCUGACCAAAAAAAAAGAGAAGAAGAUCUGCAACAGAAGAUGAUGGAGUGUCCACAAAAUGGAAAUCUGUAACAUGCACAAAAUGUGGAAAUGUGGGCCAUAAUGGAAGGACCUGCAAGGGACAAUCACAGACUGGGAAUGGAACAGGAGAAGGUGCAGCAGGGAAUACAACAGGAGAAGGUGCAGCAGGUAGCAGUGGUGGUGUACAAAAUGGAGUUGGGAACAAAGGAAAAAGCCCCAUGCUUUGA